UCAGUUUUAAGAAGACUGACUCAAGAAUCCAGAGUGAGUCCGGCACCCACAGUGGAGAUCUGCUGGACAAGAGAAGAAUGGAGGAGGACAACCAGAACCCAGAGCAGCGGAGCAACAAGGUCCCCAGAAGACAAUCAGCAAGCUCGGACUCUGAUAGCAGCCAUGUUCAG